CAUUGUGUGAGAGAACACUCGAGGGAACAUCGCGUGAGAGAACACUCGAGGGGAACAUUGCGUGAGAGAACACUCGGGGGAACAUUGUGUGGUGAGAACACUCUAGGAAACCACUUGCGACAGAAGGCUCAUUGUUCCUUGCGCGACAACGAACGCCGCACGUCUCCACUACCGACGACGACGACAACAACAACAACAACAACAACAACAACAAACCCUUUGACGAAAACAACGACAUGGCGGACCAGGCGAUGGCGACGACGGUGGCGGGAUACGAGGACGGACUGACGGCGGCGCAGCUGUUCUCGAACGGCGACGGCCUCACCUACAACGACUUCAUCAUCCUUCCCGGCUUCAUCGACUUCAGCUCGGACGUCGUCGAGCUGAAGUCGCCGCUCACGAAGACGAUCACGCUCAACGCUCCGCUCGUCUCGUCGCCGAUGGACACGGUGACGGAGGCGGAGAUGGCGAUCGCGAUGGCGCUGCAGGGCGGCAUCGGCAUCAUCCACUGCAACUGCCCGAUCGACGUGCAGGUCGGCGAGGUGACGAAGGUGAAGAAGUUCAAGCAGGGCUUCAUCGGCAACCCGGUCGUCGUCGGGCCGAAGCUGCGCGUGCGCGACGUGCACGAGAUCAAGAAGAUCUACGGCUACAGCGGGAUUCCCGUCACGGACACGGGCCGCAUGGGCGGCCGCCUCCUCGGCAUGAUCACGUCUCGCGACAUCGACUUCUUCGUGACGCAGGAGCAGCGGGAGAAGGCCGUCGAGGAGAUAAUGACGCCGCGCGUCGAUCUCGUCGUCGCGCACGCCGGCGCGUCGCUCGACGAAGCCAACGACCUGCUCCAGCGCAGCAAGAAGGGCAAGCUGCCGAUCAUCGACGACGACGACAAUCUCGUGUCGCUGAUCGCGCGCACCGACCUGAAGAAGAACCGCACGUACCCGCUGUGCUCGACCGACGCGCAGAACCAGCUGCUCGUCGGCGCGGCGAUCAGCACGCGCAACGACGACAAGCGGCGUCUCGCGGCGCUGUGCGACGCCGGCGUCGACGUCGUCGUGCUCGACUCGUCGCAGGGGAACUCGACGUACCAGAUCGACAUGAUCCAGCACGUGCGGCGCGCGCACCCCAACCUGCAGGUGAUCGGCGGCAACGUCGUCACCGUCGCGCAGGCGCGCAACCUGAUCGACGCCGGCGCCGACGGCCUGCGCGUCGGCAUGGGCUCCGGCUCGAUCUGCAUCACGCAGGAGGUGAUGGCGGUCGGGCGGCCGCAGGGCACCGCCGUGUACCGCGUCGCCGAGUACGCGCGCCGGUUCGGCGUCCCCGUCAUCGCCGACGGCGGCAUCUCGUCCGUCGGGCACAUCACGAAGGCGCUGGCCCUCGGCGCGUCGACCGUCAUGAUGGGUUCGCUGCUCGCCGGCACGAGCGAGGCGCCGGGCGAGUACUUCUUCUCGGACGGCGUCCGCCUGAAGAAGUACCGCGGCAUGGGCUCGCUCGACGCGAUGGAGGCGGGUCCGGCGUCGCUGACGCGCUACUUCAGCGAGCACGACAAGGUGAAGGUCGCGCAGGGCGUGACGGGCUCGAUCGUCGACAAGGGCUCGGUGCACCGCUUCCUGCCCUACCUCGUCUCGGGCAUCAAGCACGGCUGCCAGGACAUCGGCGCGCGCGGCCUCGCCGCGCUGCGCGACAUGACGUACGCGGGCGAGGUGCGCUUCGAGCGGCGCACCGUCUCCGCGCAGAAGGAGGGCAGCGUGCACGGCAUGCACUCGUACGAGAAGCGCCUGUUCUGACGGUGCGGCAGCGGAGGAGGAGCAGGAGGAGGAGAGAGCACGGGGCGGCGACGCGUGGAGAGGGGCGCGCGCCGAUGGAGGCUCCACCUGGGGGGCUGCGAAGAGCAGCUGUGGUGCGGGGAGGAGGAGGAGGAGAGCAGGCGAUAUGUGUAGGUGGGGCGCGGAUAGGGGUCGUCGCCACGGUCGUCCCUCGCGUGCGCCGCGUGGCUCCCCCUGGGGGCUGCGAGGAGGAGGAGGAGGAGGAUGAGGAGGAGAGCAGGCGAUACGUGUAGAUGGGGCGUGGAUAGGGGGCGCCGCUACGAUCGUCCCUUGCGUGCGCCGCGUGGCUCCCCCUGGAGGGAUGCGAGUAGGAGGAGAACAGGCAAUACGUGUAAGUGGGGGAGGAUAGGGGGCGCCCCCGUCAUCGUCCCGCGCGAGUUUCAUUUUGUGUUGGGAGUUUUUUUGUCUUCGGCGUUUUUUGCGAAGAUUCGAUUUUCUCGGUUGGUUUUGGACGGCGCGGUGGCGGAGACAGAGUGGGGUCGGCGGGCGAGACGGAUGUCUCGAGAGACGGGCGGUGUCUCGGUUAUUCGAAUUUGUGUUAAGCGUACUUAAAUUGCGUCACUGAUUGCUGGAUUCUGCGGCACAUGUCAGUCUUUGCCCCUCGAAUAGUGUGAUGCCCGAACUAUGCUGUUCCAUAUGAUGCUCUUGGUGGUAGUGUGUACGAUGGACCAAAAAAAGUAUUGCUGAAUGUAUGUGUAUUAUCCAUUUAUGUGCCAUUGUGGUAUUAUUACUAACAGUCUGUGAAUAAUUUCGUCACAUUCCAGUUUACUUUGAUACCAGUGUCAAGUGUGCUUUUAGUCACAACAUGAGAAACUGUUGCUUUCAUGUCUGCGUGCAUACAUAUAUAUAUAUAUACACACAUGUUAUAUACAUAUUACGUUUGGGAGGAGUUAGGAUUUCAUUAGACCACGGUCGUGCGUUAAGAUAUCGAGUUCGGCGAGAUAUCGAAUAAUUGAUUUGUCGAAGGUUGUGUUAUUAAUUAAUUCGUCGAUUGUUGGUUUCUCUUUUCUUGUUUUCACGCCGCGCGCGCCCGGCAGUGGCUGCGAAAAAAAAUGUUACGCGAACGCGUCGCCGCAUCGCGGAAUGUUGUGUUUGAGAGAAUUAUUAUUCGAUAUAACGAUGUUGACGUUGAGAAUUUGUUUGACGAGAGUUGAGGGGACGGGGCCGAUACACCGCGUCGCGCGCGCGGCCGAGCGGGCGGCCAUUCCCGUCCACCCCGGCUCCCGCGACUAUUUUUAUACACUCGUGGGUCUUUGACAGCGAUCGAAGGCGCCACCUAUUGGAGCCGCUCGCGUCGUCUCGCGGCCGCGUCGUCGCGGCAACGCGAAGCCGGUCCGAAUCGGGCGUUGUCGCCGUGGCGACGCGGGUCGCGAGACGAUGCGAUCCAACAGGUCACGUAGUAUUCGUCGUUGUUAUAGUAAUCGUUGAUGAAGCACGGUCUGUGUUAGCAAUCUCGGUCGUCUGUCGCGUCUUGCAAGCGAGUCUACGCGUCCACAAUGAUGCAUGAGAAUGCGGUGAAAUCAUUUUGGGGGCACUCUAGCGCGUAUCUGUUCUAGCAUGUUGCGUUGCGCUGGAAAUUAUAACAUAGAGGGCGCCGCUUCCUCGGUGUGACACAGGGGGGCGCUGCUUCCUCGGUGUGACACAGGGGGCGCUGCUUCCUCGGUGUGACACAGGGGGCGCUGCUUCCUCGGUGUGACACGGGGGGGCGCUGCUUCCUUGCUGUUCCACAGGGGGGCGCUGCCUCCUCGGUGACUUCGCACUGUGUUUGGUUUGUCGUCGGCAAUCGGUCGGAUGCUGAAUUCUCUGCCGACGCCGGCAUCGGCACCCGAUCAUCGCUCACUGUUCGUUGAUGCUGUAGCUGUAGCUGCAGCCCGGGGGUGUGUGCGCGUGACUCGUGGAUUAGGUUGCAUAAUACCAGGAGUCUAUCAUAAUCAAUAAUUAUUGAUAAACUCAUGAUAAUACUACAUAGUGUGUCAGGUAGCGCGGUGCCGUGUGUCAAAAUUCUGUGUGUCAUUAACUGUGUGUCUAAUUACGUUGUUACGUCAGUGGCGUUCUCCCAUGAAAUUCUCAUUUGCAUUCUCUACGCGAUCAUCAUGCGGUUUCUGUGUAUGUGUAUGCGCGUGCGUGCGUGCGUGCGCGCGUGCGCGUGCGCGCGUAUAUAAUACCAAGAGUUGAUGGUGACAAAUUGCUGAUGUUAUGUAAUUACUCUUGGUAAUGUAUAACGCCGCCAGACGAUUGAAGAAGUAAUUUCGCCUCAUAAUCGACAAAUCGAAUGAACUAACCGUGUAUGUUCAGUUCACGCGCGAUGAAAUGUAAUCGUGAGCCUACAUACCGUAAUUCAGCCGUUGGGCGAGCCUACGUACGUGAUGCACGCAUUUCGGAAUUCAGUAUACGAGGUGUUCUAGUCGUCCCCUGUUCAGUCCACGCUGGUAUAUACGUAUAUAUACUCAUUGCGGGAGAUUCACCCGUGAGAUCGCGCGCGCAAGCAAUAUCGUGAUUCCCGCCGUCAAACUUUCGUCGUUGUCUCCGGCUCGUGUUUUUUCCCCCCGAGUGCGGUCUAUUAGUGGGGCAGGUGUCUGCGCGCGGAUUUCACUGCGCGAUUAGUCACGCUAUAUCAUUAAUGGGCUUUGUGCAGCAGGUAGAAUGGGUCCGUCCGUAUAUGUAUAUGUGUGUUGUCCUUUAUGGCGGCACUAGGUUUAAUGAAUUCCAUUGAAGUUGUCCUGUUUUCUAAUAUCGGCUGCGUAUACACGUAUACGUGCUGUCGUGGGAAGAAUGCUUCGCAGCUUCCCCGGCCGUCGUUAUACGGGCCGCAGACGCGUGGCGGCAGCU